GUUUCACAAUAGACGUUUAUACACCAUUCGAUAGAGAAUUUCAAGAGCUACAUUUUGCACUAUUUGUAUUUCAAGAUAGAUAAAAUCGACUUUUUGGCCUAAUGUCCGCUUAGUUGCCCACUGUGUACUGUGAAAAAAGAAAUUUUUUCUUAAGGAGAAUAAUAACUUUUUGCGAGAAGCUUCUUUCGAAAAAUAUUUUAGAGGAAAAUCUUCUUCCUUCUCACCACAUAUAUACAGAAGCGCUGCUAUUUCAUACGUGUUACAAUUAUGAUAUAUUAGCGGUUUUAUAAAUUGUUGAGAUAUAAAAAUCCCAGAGUUGAAUCUGUAUUAACAUAUGGCAACUUUGAAAACUGGUGCUUUGUGCUCAGCUAUAGUACCCAAAGUUGCGUACGUUCUGAAAUUUUCGUAACGAGGACUUUUUACAAAAUUUUUGUGUUUUUUUGUUUUUCCAGUGGGUUUUCGGGUUGUUGUAUAGGUAUUCAAGUUGGCCCGAAUUUAUCAUAUGAUAUUAAAUUUUAUGGAAUAAUAGGCGAUUGUCCAGCAUUGAAACUUAUUUUAAAUUUUAUUGGUCAUACCGGAUAUUACUGUUGUUUUCUUUGUUAUAUACGCGGCACACAUAUUAUGAAUAAAAGACAAUACUUUUUUCAACAACCAUUGAUGCUUCGUGGAACAACGUCAUACUUAGAAGAAUCAAGAAAAGCUGAAAGAAAUAGAACGAAUGAAUUUGGACAUCUUGGUACAAAUAUACUUGAAGAAAUAUUAGAUGUUCCAUUACCACAAGCAAUCAUUAUAGAUUAUUUACAUGUAACAUUGCUUCGUCAUACAAAAGCAAUUGUUACUGAAUUGUAUGCUUUACUGAAACCAGCAGAACGUCAACGAUUAGAUAUUAGUUUGAAACAACAACGUUUUCCUCAUUUUUUUAAUCGAAAAAUGAGAGCAAUUAAAGAUUUAUCAUAUGUCAAAGCCACUGAAUUACGAAAUAUAAACAAUAGCACAUUUUGCAUUAUAUGUACUGGUUUACAAAAUUUGGUUCUCCAUCUUCAUUCACAUUACUCGCCGCAAUAUGAUGAUCAUGGAGCGUUUUGCAACAGAGGAACAUUUGGCCAAGAAGAUCUUAUUGGACAUAUCAGUUCCAAUCGUCAUGGAACUCGUUAUUAUGGAGAAUUAAUAACCUAUUAUUACAGUAUUGAUUUUUCAUUACAUAAUAAAACCGAACGAAAAAUAGCACCAAAUGGACUAACAGAUGAGACAAAUCAAAAUGCUGAUACGUAUGGCGAUCUCGAUCGUUAUCAUCAACAAAUAUGUGGGUGUAAUACAAUAAACAAAUGUAUUGCUGUUUAUCGUCGAUGCGUUAUACGUGAUCAUAUGUAUCAUUCAUUGUUGUAUAAUAAACGUCAAACAUCAGUUAGUUAUUUUGUUCAAUAUUGUGUUAACAAUGACAAUAAACAACAUCGUUUUUGGGAUAAUUGA